AAAUUAAGAGCUCGGGGUAUACAUAGCGCCGGGCUACAGCCAUCGCGGUGCGGACUUACUUGCAUUGCACGUGUUGUGUUGCAAAUUAAUAAGAGUAAAAUCGUGCACAUCGCCAUGGAUGUAAUUGCAGUGCGGAAUUCACUGGAAGACCUGACCCUGAUGAAUUCAUCAGGAAAUGAUGAGGCGCUCAUAUCCACAACGGAGGGCGGAAAUGAGUCUGUGCGCUAUGGAACCACGGACAACGGCAGCGCAACUGUUGACCCUGAGGCAGGCUUCCACCUGAGCGGUUCUCGAGACUACCUGUCAUCUGUCCUCUCAAUCCACAACUGUUUCUAUUCCGUGGCAGUAAAAACUAAAGCAUGUUGCGGCACAACGGAAACGAAGACCAUUUUAAAAGAUUUAAAUGGUAUCUUCAAGCCAGGCAUGAAUGCUAUCCUUGGACCAACUGGAAGUGGGAAGUCAUCACUGCUGGAUGUGUUGGCCGGCCGGAAGGACCCAGUUGGCCUGAAGGGGAGCUUGCUGUUGGAUGGUGCCCCGCCCCCUGACAACUUCAAAUGCAUGGUUGGGUAUGUUGUGCAGGAUGAUGUCGUCAUGGGAACUCUUACAGUGAGAGAGAAUUUCCAGUUCUCUGCAGCUUUACGUCUCCCCUCGAAUACCUCACAGAUGGAGAGAGACAGUCGUGUGGAUGCUGUGAUUGAUGAACUAGGGUUGAACCAGUGUGCUGAUACCAGGGUUGGUAAUGAGUUUAUUCGUGGUGUGUCCGGUGGCGAGAGAAAGCGAACAAACAUCGGUAUGGAGCUGAUCAUCUCCCCUCCCGUGCUGUUCCUGGAUGAGCCAACCACAGGCCUGGAUGCCAGCACGGCUAACGCGGUCAUGUACUUGCUCAGAAGACUGGCCUUGAAGGGUCGUACCAUUGUGUUCUCGAUCCACCAGCCGCGCUUCUCUAUAUACAAAGUGUUUGACAACCUCAUGUUGCUGUCCGGGGGUGAGGUCGUCUACCAUGGUGCAGCACCUGAUGCUCUUGACUACUUCAAGUCUGCCGGUUACAUCUGUGAGGAACACAACAACCCUCCCGACUUCUUCCUGGAUGUCAUCAAUGGCGACUACAACACUGUCACCAAUUUUGAGGCCCAACAAGACAAGACAGCUAAUGGAAAUGAUGUAAGCAAGAAUCUCCAAGAAAAUCUUGUACAGAGAUUCAAAGAGUCACGGUGGCAUCAAAAACUGAUGAAUGAAGUGAUGGUGAUCUAUGACAAGUACAGGAAGGAUGAGGAGAAUGGUACAGUUGUUCGGAUGCCACGAGUGCCCUACACCACUUCCUUCCUCACUCAGCUGAGGGUUGUCUCAGGGAGGACAAUAAGAAACAUCCUUCGAAAUCCCCAGACCUCCAUAUUGCAGGUGUUCGUAAUGAUAAUCUUUGCUGUCAUUGUUGGUGCUAUUUACUAUGACGUGGAAGACACCGCAACAGGAGGGAUUCAGAACAGAGUUGGUGCCUUCUUCUUCAUCAUCAUGAAUCAAGUGUUUGGCAACUUGUCUGCAGUAGAACUUUUUAUCAAAGAGAGAGCAAUUUUCAUGCAUGAGAACGUAAGUGGCUUCUACCGGGUGUCCUCCUACUUCCUGGCUAAAGUCUUCUGUGAUGUCAUUCCCAUGAGGCUGGUGCCAGUGGCUGCUUUCUCCGCCAUUGUGUACUGGAUGAUAGGCCUAAGAAAUGCAGCUGGCUAUUUCUUCUACUUUUUGCUGGACCUAUUUUUGACAUCACUGGCAGCCUCAGGAUUAGCAUUUGCUAUCAGUGCCAGCGUUCGCAUCUUCGCCAUCGCCAACCUCCUCAUUGCUCUGUGCUACGUGUUCAUGAUGUUGUUCAGCGGACUGUUGGUGAAAAUUACCUCCAUCGUUGAGUGGCUUCAAUGGCUGAAGUGGUUCAGUAUCUUCAGAUACAGUCUGGAUGCUCUCAGCAUCAAUGAACUCGCCGGUGAGGUUUACUGUGACGCUGGGUCAAAUGGUACUUGCACAAGAGGGGACGACUAUCUCCAGAGUCAAGGUAUCGCCUACGAGACAACAUGGGACUUGUGGGUACCCCAGGUGGCACUGGGAGCUUUCUCCCUCAUUUUUCUACUCCUGUCAUAUGUACAGUUGCGUCGCCUCAAGAAGCUCAAAUAAUACAGCCCCCGGUAUGAGUGACUUGUCGGUGUAAGUGGACUUUGUGGCAGUGGAAACUAGAGCUCCACUUGUCAUGUGAGGAUACACUCAAUCCUCAUUCAUGUUUUGAUUUCAGGGAUAAGUGGUCAAGUACAAAGGCAAGAAUGUGGUAAUCCUUUACAGAUAUGUAUACAGUGAUCGCUCGCUAUUGCGCUCUUCGAUAAAGCGCUACUUCGGUUAUUACGCGCGGUAACGCAUGGCCCCCAAAAUUUAUGUACACUUUUAAUACUGAGAGUUUUACACAGACAUGA